AUACAGCACGCUGUACCACAGAUUAACAAUCAAAGAAUUUAUGGACCAUACCCUCAAAAAUGGCCUCAAAAUCAGUUCAGACACAUCUCCAUUAUUACGCACAAAUUCCACACCAGAAAUACUAUUUAGCAAAACAGCUACAAAGAAUAAAAAUACUGUUUCUAUUAAUCAUCAUGCAAAUAAUUUAGAAGAGUCCCAAUUACCUAAGUGUACUCCUUUGAACCAUCUUCAUGGUACCAAAGACCAAAGAUCUGUUAUUUACAACAAUGGAAUGUACUGUGAUAUCAAUAAACAUUCUCAACCAGAUAUAUCUGCAAUGUCUGUCAUCAGUUUAUACAAGAGUGGUGAGAAUUUAGAUUCUGAAAUGGAUACUGAGAGGGACUUUGAUGCAGAACAUGUUCACUCUCAGAAAAUACUUGUACAACAAGAAUCUCUAGGCACAGAAGACAUGGACCCUAAUUUGGGUCCAGCAGAGACACCUUGUGAAGAACACCUGUGUUGUAAAGAGUCUAGUCAUCAGUGCAAUGCUGUCAAAUGUGCUACCCCAAAGAUAUUCUUCAAGGAUAGUGUGAGAUCUGUGGAUUAUGUUCUGGUUUGGGAUGGUUUUGAUCAGCAUUCUAUUACCCCAGAAGCUUACAUGAAAAGACAGAUUUUUGAGAUGAACUUAUUAAAGGAAGGACUGGAGAUUGAAUAUGAGGCUCAAGAACCCAAUGGUCUGAAUUUUGUGAAGAUACAUGCUCCAAAAGAGAUUUUGAGGAGAUACAGUGAAAUUUUGAAGCUUAGAAUGCCAAUGAAAGAGGAGCUAUGUAGCAAUCCACCAGACUAUGAACAUUAUAACAUUUUAAGAAGUAUCAAACAGAAGAUUCCUUUAAUAAGGCAGAUUUCCUCACACACAAAUUUCAUUUUUGAUGGAAUUAAUGAUCAGUGGGAUAAAAUAAAAGAGCGGGUUUUUGUUGACAAAAAAACUUUUCCAGAUAAAGGUCAUAGAUUCACUGCCAUCUACAGCAGAGACAAAGAAUACUUGUUCCAUGUUGAUUCACCCAAUUUUUUCACACCUGCAAUACAUUCAAGAAUAGUCCAGUUCAUUUUGGACAGAAAGAGAUUUAAUAAUAAUCCCCUUCAUGAAUUUGCUUUUGGAAUAGACAGGCUUUUGCAUGAAAGGGCGUAUGUAGCAAGUUACCCAUUACAUGAUGGUGAACUGAGGGUUCCGGGCUCUACGAGAAAUUUGCUGUACAAAGAAUGGGCGGCAAUUAGAAAAUGGUACCGGUACCAACCUUUGGAUUAUGUUAAAGAGUACUUUGGAGUGAAAAUAGGAUUGUACUUUGCCUGGUUGGGGUUUUACACUCACAUGUUGGUCCCUGCCGCCUUGGUUGGGGUAAUUUGUUUCAUUUAUUCCUGCCUAACUUUGUAUCGGAACACCCCGAGCGAAGACAUCUGUAACGGUAAAAUCAUCGAAAAAAUGUGCCCGUUGUGUGAUGUUUGGUGUGACUACUGGGACAUCAACGAAUCUUGUGUUCAUGCCAGAAUAACUUAUCUCUUUGAUAAUGCCACCACUGUGUUCUUUGCUAUAUUCAUGUCCAUAUGGGCAACUCUAUUUUUGGAAAUGUGGAAAAGAUAUUCCGCAGAGAUCACUCACAGAUGGGACUUGACGGGCUUCGAUAUACAGGAGGAGCACCCGAGGCCCCAAUAUUUGGCCCGAUUGGCACAUAUCAAGCAAAAACAGGUGAACGUGAUCACCAAUACCAUGGAGCCGCAAGUGUCUUUUUGGAAGUUGAGGGUGCCUAUGACGAUCUUUAGUUUUUCCGUCGUACUUCUAUUGGUGACCCUGGCUUUAGCUACAGUGGUAGCAGUGGUACUAUACAGGAUGUCUGUACUAGUGAGUCUCAAAGCAAUCGAUCAUACUUCACCUAUUCUAGUAGACAACAGUUCUGCCAUGUUGUUCACAACCUGUACAGCCGCAUGCAUAAAUUUAGUGUUCAUCGUCAUUUUCAAUUACAUUUAUACCUUUGUGGCUGAGUACUUAACUGAGUUCGAAUUACUGAGAACUCAAACUGAAUUUGAUGAUUCCCUAACAUUGAAAAUCUAUCUUCUACAAUUCGUGAACUAUUACGCUUCCAUUUUCUAUAUUGCCUUCUUCAAAGGCAGAUUCGUUGGAUAUCCUAGAGAGUACAACAAAAUAUUUGGAUAUCGGCAAGAAGAGUGUGGUCCAGGAGGAUGCCUAAUGGAACUGUGCAUUCAACUUGGCAUCAUAAUGGUGGGAAAGCAGGCCAUGAACACUGUCUUAGAAAUGCUCUUCCCACUAUUUUACAAAUGGCUAAAUACUCUCAAAGUCAAAACGGGCUUGACCAAAGAGAAAUUGUUGUCGUGCAAACGCUGCCAACCCCAGUGGGUGAAAGAUUACAAGCUAGUUGAAUGGGGACCCCGAAGUUUAUUUCCAGAAUAUUUGGAAAUGGUUUUGCAAUAUGGUUUCGUGACGAUUUUUGUGGCGGCUUUUCCUUUGGCGCCGUUUUUUGCUCUGCUGAACAACGUUCUUGAGAUGAGAUUAGAUGCCCAAAAAUUGUUGACGUUCUAUAGGAGGCCAAUUUCUCAGAGAGUCAGUGAUAUCGGGGUUUGGUAUCGAAUAUUGGACUCAAUUGGAAAGUUGUCUGUUGUGACUAACGGGUUUAUUAUAGCUUUCACCUCAGAUUUCAUACCAAGGCUGGUGUAUUUAAGUCAACAUAAUACGUUGGACAACUAUUUGAACACAUCGUUGUCCUAUUUCAAUACCAGCAACUUUGAGAAUUCUUCUAGGCCUCACAAUUGGCAGACUGAGAAGUUAUGCCGGUAUCCGGACUAUAGAGAACCGCCUGGGACUCCCAAUGAAUACCAAAGAACCUCUUUGUAUUGGCAUAUUCUAGCUGCUAAACUAUUUUUUGUUGUUAUAUUCGAAAAUGUGGUGUUUCUAGUCAUGAUAAUUGUCAAAUGGUGCAUACCAGAUACACCGGGCGAUCUCGGCGAUCAGAUCAGAAGGGAAGCGUAUAUAACUAAUGAGAUCAUCAUCAAGCAGGAAACUAUGAGAGCUCGCAGUGGAGAAACGAGUUCUUCUCGAAUGAAAAUGGAAAAACUGAGAAACAUCCAAGAAGUGCCUUCUACUCCAGAACAGUGGGAUAGGAUACUGAGUAAGUCUAUGUCGGCUAGCGAAUUCGAUUUGUUGGUUCAUCCAAAGGGAGAUUCGGAAAUGGAAUCCCCGUCUUCCAUUUGA